GUGGUAGUUGAAUCAGUGGGCAGGGCUUCAUUUCCUUCUUUCAGUUUCAUUUACUUGACAAUCGACAAUGGCUGCUGCUCAGCAGAGGGAAGUAUGUCUGAAAAAGGAAGACCCUUUCAGAACCAAUGCGUUGAUGCUUAUCAACAAAAUGUUGGAACUGAGUUACCCCCUUCAGAAUAUACUGGAGCGUUAAUGGAUGAGAUUCUUCACAGCAUCUUCUUUUUGGGAAAGAUCAACAAGCCAACACCCUAUUCUCCAGAAGAUAUUCUGAGUGAUGAUGAGAUGCUUAGUGAUUUGAAGCGCCGCUACCCUCUGCCUUUUGAACUCUACUCCUCUCAACUACCCAGGCGGAGUCCAUUUUCAUGUGUGUUAGACAUGAUUGUCCACCUGACCAGACAGACUCACCAAGAGGAACAAGAGAUUGAAACAGAAAUAAUAAAGAGGCUGCAAGAUCUCAUCCGUCCACUGAAAGAUAACAAAAAAAAGAAUAAAAAAAAGCCUUUGGUCUCCUCCACCAUCGGUGUCUCUCACAGCACCAAGACCCCAAAUGCAGUCAGGCACUACGGCGUCUCCAUGUCCACUAUUGGCCCUAACCCCGGGAAAAUCCUGGUUGCUGCAUCCUGUUUCAGCAGCUGGGACAGUUAUGUAGCUGGUGCAGUGAUGAGCUACUAUCCAGAUAAUGUCAAGAAGAACUAUUUUGAUGGAACCAUCGUACUUCCAGAGCAGCAUGUCAGGUGUCAGGCGUUCAACCUCUUAGAAAAUAGAGACAAGCCCCCUUGUAGAUCAUGUGGCAAUUUGUUUGGGUUGAAAACAAAGGAAAAUAAUGAAUGGGCCUAUGGCAACUGUGCAGAAGCUGAAAGCGUGAGCAACUUGCUUAAAAAUGUGGGAGAAAUUAGAAAGCAAGCAGCCCCAUCAUCUGAGACGUGCACAGAGGAGAACAGGAGGAAAGCUGCAGAGAGUGUCAGGAAAGAGCUUGAAGGGUUUGUGCGCACGGAGAGAUUUAAAUGGAAAGGUCAAUUCUACACCCCACGAAGAGGUUCAUCUCAAACAGCAACUGAAUAUGAAAUAAUAAUAAUACCAAUAAUAAUAAUAAACUUAAAAACGAAACCGUAAACCUCUGGGAACUGACAUUCUUACUUUUGUGUUACGUUCAUUGCAAAAGUGUAAGCCGCAUGUGUGUCACCUGUUUGAAUGAAGCAAAGAUCCUGAAGUUGAUCAAUCAGUCAAUUUUGUUUGCCACAUGAACAGGAGAUACAUUAUGAUGUCAUGUCGUUCACAAUAAAAUUGUAA